AUGGAGGAACCGCGGGAUGCGAGAUGCGAAACGAAAACUUCUCAUCCAACGCAACCAUCGGUCGAACCAGGGCAACAACGCACAAUUUCCAGCGGUAAGAUGGUAGUAAUCUGCAGAAUUUGUCUUACCACCCGUCCACGGAUGAUAUCGAUCCACAGUCCAGUCCCCGAGUACGAUCAGAAAACAUUGUACGCGAUGCUACUGUCCGUCUGUCUGCCACUCAACCAACGCGAAACGAUACAGGGCUUUCCGGAACAAAUUUGCCGCAACUGCCAGUGGAAGCUGCUAUCGGCGUACGAUCUGUACGAGACAACCCUUGCCAGUGAUGAGCAAUUGCGAGCACAAACGCAUCUCACAUUGACAGCAAAGAUCACAAAGAAUACGCCGUCUAGCGAACCAGUCAAACAGGAUAGCAGUGUACCGGUGCCAGCGAACGUGCCCAGCGAUGGUCUUAUCCGGGUGAAGGAAGAAACGCCCGACGAUGGAUACGAGGAUGAACAACAGUACGGACCAGGCAGUAGAAUUGGAGAAGAUUGCAGCAUGGCUUACGACGCUGCGACCGGUGAGAUGAGUACGGUUAGUGUUCAUCCUGACGUGUCCUUGCUAAUCGGACGCAGUGAGCAGGGCGAGGAGGAGGAGGACACUAGCUUGCUGCUAGAGGAAACGAAACCACCGAUUCUGGACCCGCUCGAAACGUUCAUCGCGGAACAUUACCAGGUGAAUGAGCUUACCGGUGGUCACGUGUGUGGUCUGUGCAAGCGCGACUUCCCGUACAAGAGCCAGUGCCGGAUGCACAUCGUCCAGAAGCACAAUCCGGCCAAACCGUUCAAGUGUGAUAUUUGUUUCUGCACACUCACCAGCCAUCUGCGCUUGGUCCGGCACAAGGUAGUUGCACACGGUGCCGGUCAGAUCAAGCGCGAAGACAUCAUAGAGGGACACAACGACACAACCGGCGAGCUAACGUAUACCUGUCCGAUCUGUCGAAAGGUGUUUAAUUCGUCGGUACGCUUCAAGCGCCACAAAAAUGUGCACGUCGUGCACAAUCGACCGUUCAAGUGCGAGGUAUGCCUGUACCGGUUUGCCACGAAGCCGCAGCUGACGCAGCACGCCAAAGUGCACGAAACGAAGCCACCGUCUGGUCUGUCGCCGGGCGGUUCCGAGGUGGGUGAGUUUGCUUGCGAUCGCUGUGAGGAAAUUUUUACCGCUAAGCGUGCCCUCACGAUGCACCUGAAGAAGGUGCACCAAGUGUUCCGUGUGCCGGGCAGUGGUCGGUCAGAAGAACGCGAACGCUGUGAGUACGUGUGUAUCAUCUGCAAGGCAACGUUUGCGCGCGAAACUGUCCUUAACACGCACAUGAAGAUGCACGAACUGUUGGCGGCAGAAAAGGAAAAGGAACGGCGGCUCGAUCUUGAACGUAUGGUUAAGCAGGAACUGCAGCAACAGAUGCACCUAAGUGUGCCACCCUUACCGCCACUAUCGCCGGAAGUGAUUGAUCGUUCCGCUUGCGUACUGGAACCGUUCGCACUGGGGCUCGUUCCUGUAGCGAAACCGGGCAUUACUGGUACGGGGACGAACAAUAACGAUAGUAGCAGCAUUAACAACAACAGUCCACCGACGGGGGGUGGUGGUGCAUCGACAGGUAGUGGUGGAUCCGGAGGUCCAAGUGGUUCGGUGCAGGUUGGCGGUGGUAAGCGAAAGAUACCUAUGACACCAACCGGACCGGUCAGUAGUGAUAUGGCGUACGUAUGUCCGGUGUGCGACAUGGAGUUUGAUGAACGGGAUGUGCUGAAGAAACAUCAGAAGGAGCAACACGCCCGGCUACAGGUUGGCAUCGUGUCAUCGAAGCUUAGUGAAUCGAUCAGUUCGAACAGUGGUUCCAGUCCGCAGGCGAAGCUAAUGCCACGGUUUACCGAUAUGCCGAGUUUGAAAAUGAGGCUGAUGGAUAGCUCUGUCCGGGGAGGCAAAAAGCGACUGCUGAGCGAUGCAAACGCCAUGAACUACAUGGACGAACCAUUAGACCAUGAUGAAUCAACCGACACCGAUGGCCUCAUACCUAUGGAUGACAUUCCCGCGAAUGCUGAACGGCGGUCCACGACUGGUGCGACAGCAUCAUUACCCGGUGAGGAACCGUCUCAGUUCCAGUGCGAACUGUGCCAUAAAAAGUUCCCGUACAACUGUUACUUAACGAUGCACAUGCGAAAGAACCACGACAAAUCCAAACCGUACGGCUGUAAAGUAUGCCAUUACCGUUUCGGGUACCGUGGCACAUUGUUGCGCCAUCAGCUCUUACACUCCUCGCAGCGUGUCCAGCCAGGUAGCCACGGUUCGAUCAUCUUCAAGUGUCGCAUCUGUUCGGCCAAAUUUCUCGAGCUAAAGCAACUAAAUGUGCAUCUAAAAACGCAUCGAAAGAUGGCGAUCGAGCAGGAUACUAAUCGGCAGGUGCAGUUGAUACGCUGCGAUGAGUGUCCGCAGAUUUUUAGCGAUCCCGAUCAGCUAGCGGCGCACAUGGUGAAGGAGCACCAGCAGCACCAUAGUACCGAUGAUGAGCUAUACGAUUCGGACCGGUUGUUAGCGCAGCAGCAGCAUUCCACACUGUUGAUGAAUCCUUCGUCUUCAUCUUUACGAGGCGAUGACAGCCGUACUGGUGCAUCCAUCCUUAACGAUCUCAAAUUAAAUUCCGAACAGUCGACGGACGACACCAAUGAAGCAUUCAUGAACGACAGCGAUAUAUCGCUGUUAGUGGUGUUAGUAAACAUAAUAUCCAUGCCAACGCAUUCGUACGACAGCCACGGUAUGGCGACAUUAAACUACAGAACACCAUCGGCCGCAACGGCACCGACGAAUGGUGGUCAAGCACAUCAUCAUCAUCACCAUCAUCCUCAUCCUCAUCAUCACCGCCAUAAUAAACAUCAUUCCUCCGGUGUACCGAAAAGUAUGUUUGGAAUGUACGGAUCCGCUUCGAACCAUGGACCCAAUGCAGGUGGUUUUCUUCAGCAGCAGCAACAGCAUCAAGUUCAACCACCACCACCACCACCACAUCGUAUUCAACAGUCGGCCAUGUAUGCGCCUCCACCGGCCGUGCAACAGAUACCCAGCCCGGUAACGGUGCCGAUGGUAGAGGAAGAUGAGGAUGAUUUUUUAAGCGAAAUCACGGUACAGUUUGAUGACGGUGUGCAAACGUUGUACGUGGGUCCGGUGGAAAUUAUUGACACCAAGCGAUGUGUCGAUGAGCAGCAGAAGCAACCUCCCAAGACAGCAGUACCUACUCCAACAACGUCGAUUGUGCGUUCGCGCGAACGCUUCCAAGAAGAAAGAGCAAUCGUAACACUCGAACCAGUUGGCGGCAGGACCAAAAGUCAACCGUUACCAAUGUACCUGCAGCAACAACAGCAGCAGCAGAAAAAAUUGCAACAGAAACAGCAACAAAAAUUGCAACAACAUAAACAGCAGCAGCAGCAACAGCAGCAGCAGCAACAGCAGCAGCAGCAGCAGCAGCAGCAGCAAUUGCUACAAAAGCAACAACUCCAACAAAAGCAACAACAGCAGUAUCAACAGCAAUUACGGCAGCAAAUAUCACAACAUCAAUUACAACAGCAACUGCAACAACAACAACACCAACACCAACACCAACAGUUGCAACAACAACAAAAGUUGCAGCAGCAACAACAAAAGCAGCAACAGCAACAACAAAAGCAGCAACAGCAACAGCUACAGCAACAACAACAGUUGCAGCAACAACAACAAAUGCAGCAACAACAACAGUUGCAGCAACAACAGAUGCAGCAACAACAACAAAUGCAGCAUGAAACGCAACGGAUACAAGAGAUGAGACUUAAACAGCAGGCACUGUGGCAGCAGAUGAAUCUCAUGAAGGAAUUUUCGCCUGAGCAAUUGUUACUGUUACAGCAGCAAUCCAAUUUGCAAUCGUUUAUUGAUUUACAGCUAUCGCUUAACGCGCAAUUCCAUCAUAAUCAACAGCAGCCUUCACGUGCUGCUAAUGCUAGUAGCGGUAGUAAUAGCAUUAAUGAUUGGGAAAAGACUGAACGGGAACUGCUGUAUCAGCAUCAUUUCGCGCUAGGACUCCAACAACAGAUGCAAAACAACCAACAGCUGCAGGUGGUGCAGAAACAACCGCCGGAAAAGGUAUUACCACCGCCAGCAACACCAGCACGUUCGAAGAUAUGCGUUAAGCAAGCGCCAAUGCUUAACUUUGCCAUGCACAACGUUCCCUCGAGCAGUAACACGAACAGCAGCCAGUCUAAAACUGCAACCGGUGCUAUAAAACGACCACUGUCAUCGAUGGUCGAUGGGAGAAGAUCAGCCGAAAAACACAUGGACCCGUUGCCGGUUACACAACCGGCUGCGAAACGUCCAGCGCACGUUACCGAAACGACGGCGGGACCCAUUGGCGAUAUAGCACCUGCGACGGUUUUACGAUCUCCGCCAACACCGACGCAAAUGGUUACCAUUCGGGUAGCUGCCGAAGCUCAACCGCAGCAGCAACAUCAACCGCCCGUACUGCUGACACAGCUCAAACAAGAGCCCAUGACCGAGGAGCAAUGCGAGGAGAACGUGAUACCGGAUGUGGUGGUACCAUCGGCAACACCACCACCAACAACGCCGCUCGUUGAAAUGAAACCUUCAUUAGCUGGCGUAGUAGUAAAAGCGAUCGAACCGCCGCCAUCAUCCCUGAACUCCACCGUCAUGGCUUCCUGCACGGCGCGAACCGUCGCUUCGCCAGCGUCGGUAAUGAUGCCGAACGAUGAUGUUGUACCAGCGGCCGUUGAAGAUGUACCGGUUUUAUCCGUUGCUGAAGUUCCACAUGUUCCAAAUGGAUGUAGCAGCAGCAACAGCAUUGAAACGGACCACGAAAGACAAAACCGUAAGGAUGAUGAAAUUAGCAGUCCAAUAACGAUGAACGGCACAACAAACCAGUGGCAGAACGAAGAGGAAAAAAUGCCGGAAGUGGCGUCUCCAUCACUGCCUGAUGAUGUAGCUGUAACCGACGUACCCGAGCAAACAAAAGGGAUCGUAAAACGUGGACGUGGUCGUCCACCAAAAACCCGUCAUCGUCAGCCACCUACCCCAACACUUAAGGUAGUGACCGAAUUGUCAACACCGACAGAAAGCGAUACAUCAACGACUCUGCAAGCACAUGAUGUUGUGGCCAGCGAUUUGGAUGAGAGUAUUAAUACCAGCAUCGAAUCGCAGGCUGCCGAAGUAAAGAAAUCAUCUAAGAAAAAAGGAUACAUAUCAGUGGCGGCCCUUUUUGCACCGACAAAGUCUUCCCGAAAGCAACACAAAAUAGCGAAUGUAGCUAAGAAGGAAGAGAUCAGCACAACAAUAGCAGCAGAGCCUCCCGUACCCGAUAGGAUUGCGGUAGUGGUUGAAGAAACUGUUGAAACAGUAAAUACAACACCUGUAACGGAUGCAGCCAGUGAGUUGGUUGUAUCCGAAAAUAAGACUGAGCAAAUGAUAUCCACACCGGCAGUGAGUGUUACCGCAGCAAAUGAUGGUGGAAACGAGACGGAAAUAAACGGGCUUAGUAACUUACAGGAAAACAUUGCCGUACAACCUUCACUACCGGCUAGCGGAAAGACAACAAGGGAAGAAAGCGUUGUCAGUGGGGAUGGUGGUGAAUCGUCCGUUUCGUCGCUGGCUGAAGAAAGUGUGCGUGUGAGUAGUGUAGCGAAGCAAUCGGUCGACCUACUGCCCGGCGCGGUCCCGGAUACGGAGAAAGAAUCUUCCCCGGCUAGUGAUAGCGGCAUUGAGUCGGUGGUUGAAACGGCCACAAGCAAUGUAAGUAAAAAGGGCAAAGAACGCUCCAGAUCAAGCUUGUUGAGCGUUCCGAGUUCGUCGAAUCUUGAAGAUAAAUCUCAACCGGCAAACGAAAAACCAGCAGUGGUGAAGGUGGAAAGCGAACAAAAGCCUCGCAUUGUAAGCCGCAGACAGACGAUCGCCGCAAUAGCAGAAAGUAUCAAAAACGACAGUAAGGAUGAGGAGGAGAAAGUUAGUCGCAAAGGCAAGCGUACUGUGCGCACUAAUCGUAAACCGUCCGCAAAAGCAAAGGAGGCGGCUGAAGCAGUUGAGGCGAUUGAAGCAUCUGAGGCGGUCGAAAGCGCGCAUGAUGUGUCUCUCUCCAGCAGGGAUGAAUUAAAUUGUCCCAAGUGCACAAUGCAGUUCAAAACGGAGCUCUGGUACAGGAAACAUUUGCUAAACUGUCACAAUAUCCAACUGGACCAGAGCAUGCAAUCGCUUUCGGACGAUGGACCAUGUUCAAGAAUCGAUGAUGAAACUAUGCAUUCUCCUCCUCCUUCGACUGCUGAAGAAUCUGUACCACUUGUUACUGUAAAUGGCAGCUUAAAGGACAUUGGAAACGAUGUAUCAACCGUUGAAACGAUAGCUGAAGCAUUUUCUGAUGAAGUUUCACAAAACAACACAGAAAUAGAAGAAACAAUCGAGCUUCCUGUUGUUGAAUCGAAAGUUUCUGGUGGAAGAAAAAGAAAAUCAACACCGUACAGUGCCGCCAACUCAUCAAUGGAAGAGGCGUCAAGUAGCGAAAUAGCCCCAUUGUUGGAUGGUUCCACUGCUACUGAGGAUUUACUCCUGCCUGCAGUAACGAACGUGAAAGUUGAGUAUCGUACACCCACCACCCACAGUCGCCAUCUGGCGGAAGCUGAUGAAGCAGCAGAGGGAAGUGAUGAGCUCAGUUCCUCACCAAUGCCGAGCUCUAAAAAUCGCGGCAGGUCGGCACGCCGUAAAUCGUCAGUAGUGUCGUCGCCGGUAGUUGAAGCAACAACCACCUCCACCACCACCAAGGUGGAAAAACUGGACCCCGAUGAUCAGGAAAAGCUGACACCGUUCGAGGCGAAUAAAGUGUCCAUGAUCGAGUCGGAGCUGACCGGUGAAACGCACUACACCUGUACAAUCUGCGAUGCACAGUUUACGGCCAAGUCCGCGAUCAAGGAGCAUCUGGAUACGACGCAUGCUGCUGUUAAGCGACGCUCGUGCGAGUACUGUGGCCGCACGUUUCUCCAAACCGGUGACCUUACGAGGCACACGCGCAUCCACACUGGACAUCGUCCGUUCAAGUGUCCGGUGGUGGGCUGUAGCUUCGCCUUUAUCUCGUCCGGUGAUCUGCAUAAGCACGUUCGCCGGCACAACCAGCAACCGCUGCCGAAGCCACACGUGUGCGAGCAGUGUGGCAAAGACUUUGAGCGCUCGUACGAUCUGAAGCGGCACAAGACGAUGCACGCGAAAAAAGAGCCCGAUUUUAAGGGUAUCACGUGUGGGGUGUGUGGUAAGGUGUUUGCCCGUCAGGAUCAGUUCCGGGCACAUACGUACCGGCAUAUUGGCUACCGGCCAUACCAGUGUGAGGUAUGUGGUAAAGCAUUUACCGAUCCGAGCAAUUACUCGAAGCAUGCCCGGUUGCACGAAAUGGACGGUGUUGAGGUGGUUUGCAACUAUUGUAAUCGUCCGUUUAAAAAUAAGAGCGCCAUCUCGAAGCACAUCUUUCACUGUCAGGAAAAAAUGUCCGCUGGUCGUAAAGCGUCUGGAAGCAAAAAGCGGGGCAGUGGAGGCGGUGAUACAAAGAAGGAAGGGAAGAAAAGUCGGCGCGUUGGAAUGGCAGUCGGGUAUGGGAAGGAAAGCGGAGAUGAGACGACGGCGGGGCUGGUAAAUCCUAAGCAGGAACACGUCACGUACGAUGAGGAGCGUCCGAUCGUUACAAAGCGUGAGCUGGUGGAUUCGGAAUUGGAAGGUGGAUCGCCAUCUCGAGGAGGGCGCACAAAGCAACCGAAAAAGCAGCAAGUGUCGAGAAAACGUAAGAAACGACGUCAGCGGUCACCAUCCUCAACCGAGGAGGAGGAGGAUGAUGAUGAUGAUGAUGAGUAUAGUGGAGAUGAUUUUAUUGGUCCAAGUUUUUCCGGCGAUCAGUACGGAACAUCGGCGGCCGAUGUGGUAAAGCGGGAUCGUCGCAGCCGGAAGCUAUCGCUCUCGCAAUACGAUCCCGAUAAGUAA